AUGGCCAACAAUUUCGACGGCGAUAUAUCUGAAGACAUAGUUAGAGAAAUACUUUUGCGGCUUCCCGUGAAACUAUUGUUACGAUACAUGUCGGUGUGCAAGACAUGGCUUUCCAUAAUCACAAGCCCGGAUUUUAUAAGCUCUCAUACUCAGCGUGCCUUGAUGGUGUCCUUGAUAGAUCCCACACUACUCGCUUAUAGAGGAGUUGAUGAACUAAUAUUAUUCUCUCGGGCUCGGGAUGGACUAACUAAUAAUAAUCAUUCAAAUAAUCUCCUUGUCAUGCCUCGUCUUUUUGGCUUCACACCUUUAGUUAUAAAUUCUUGUAAUGGCAUCAUCUGUGUUGCUAAUUCGGUUAAUCAUAAUGAUUUAUUCCACCUAUGGAAUCCAGCGAUCAGGAAGUGUAGGAAACUUCCUCAUCCUCCUAGGCGGCGCAGUUAUAGAUAUAUAAUAGGGUUUGGUUAUGAUUCUAUCUCAGCCGACUACAAGGUGGUUAGGUGCGAGUGUGAUUAUCCAAGGGACUUUAAAGCCAACAAAGUCCAUGUGUACUCCGCGAAUGCUGAUUGUUGGAGAGAAAUUAGGCCUACUAUACCUCUAGAGCACGGUUUGAGAUCAGGAAGGGCUGAUAUUGUUGUGAACGGGGUAGUGUAUUUUGAAAACUUUGAUGAGCUUAUAUCAUUUGACCUGCACAAAGAGAUUUUUGGACGAAUUCCACUUCCUAGCACUCAUCUACAACCGAAGUCAGAUUUAUUGGAUUUUGAAGGCGCGGUGGCUAUGGUAUUUGAAAAUGUUGGUGAUGAAGUGGGAGCUCAUCUAUGGACAUUGGAUGAUGUUUCUGGCCGUGUAACUUGGACCAAAAGAUUUAGCAUCGAUGCUGAUCCGGACUCACGCUUAUGGCUAAUAUGUUAUUUGGGCGGGGGACAAUUUUGUGGAAGAAUCACAAACAAAAAAACUUACGGUCUGUAUAACAUCUUGUGCAACUAUGAGAAGAAAGAGACUAAACUUUACAGAAUUGAUCGAGAUGACUCCACUUGCUUAACAGGUAUGAUACACACAGAGACAAUUGUUUCGCUCGGUGGUUUUGAACAAUUGGAGUGAGAUGCCAGCAGCCAACUAGAGACAACUUACUAACACUCUUAUAUCUUUUUC